AUGUCACUCACAAAAACUAUUUAUAAUAUUUUCUUUCGUCGUUCAGCAACAAUUGCUUUAACAACUGUUGUUGGUGUAUUUGCCUAUGAACGUAUCAUCAAUAAGUCAGCUGAAUACAUAUAUGAACGUCGUAAUCAAGGCAAAUUAUGGAAGCAUGUUCAACCUUCAUUCAAAUUACCAACUGAUGACGACGAAGAAGCAUCUGGCUCCGGAAAAGAGGGUGACGAAUCAUAA